AUGAAAUAUAGCUCAAAUACAGGACUUGAUAAAUCGAUUUUUUGUUACACCCUUUGGAUCCUUGUUAUUAUCGCGGCUUUUGCGUUUAGGGGUGUAUCCUUGUCAACAACGACAGCAAUUAGUGUGGACAGACUUCUUGCUUUAUUGCUUGGACUGAGAUACAGGCAGGUGGUAACUGUGAGGCGAGUAAAAUUCCUUACAGUUUUUCUCUGGUUUUUAGGCGCUUCUGUGGCAAUAGUAGCAUUAUAUAGUCUACAUCUUGCUUUUCGCAUAGCCUUUGCUGCAAUUUUAUCUUGCACAGUAACCUCUUCAUUUUGCUACAUCAGAAUUUACUACAAACUUCGUCUUUCUCAAGCACAAGUGCAAGACCAAGGUCACCAAGGACAACCAAGUCAAGUAGGAAUUCAAGUGAACAGAGUUCGAUACAAAAAGACAGUGUCCACAGCACUUUGGGUUCAAGUACUAUUUUUGGCUUGUCAUCUCCCAUUUGGUUUAUUGUUAGGUUUUAUUACCAUCACUGGAUUGAAUACACCAUUCCUUUGGUUUGCUUUGGCUCUAACAGCGAGUCUGAUGUUUAUCUACGCAACUCUGAACCCAUUGCUUUAUUGCUGGAGGAUGAGAGAAUUAAGGCAAGCAGUAAAGGACAUGAUAAAAGACUUUUGUUGCUUAUCGCAGCACGAAGCAACUUAA